GCGGACAAGAAGACCGGAGACAGCGAGCCCAGCGGCGAGAACGAGAAGUCCAAGGCCGCGGGGACCGCGGCCGGCAAGCAGAUCGACGGCCAGGUGCAGCUGAAGCCAACGAGGUCGCCGUUCGUGGACGUGAAGCUAGACAGGAAGGUGGGGCAAGGCUCCUUCGGGAAGGUGUACUUCGGGCGCUGGCUGGGGUCGCCCGUGGCCGUGAAGGUGGUGGAGUGGAGCGGCGCGAGGAGCAAGAUCGAGCCCCUCUUCGAGGCCGAGCUGUCGUGCACCCUCUCGCACCCGAACCUGGUCCAGACUUACAAAUACAGCACGAGGGAGAAGCAG